AUCUUUUAUUUCUCCCAAUCGCAGAGCAAAGUACCGUGCAUUCCGGAGUGGGCCGUCCUCGAUGAUGGAGACGGGGCUCAGAACACUCCUGUGGAUCGUUGUCAGUAUCCAGAUGUAGGCUGCAAAUGCCGAAAUCCUGGUGUUGGCAUCAACAAUGCCAUAUCUGGCUACUUCCCCACCUACUACACUUAUUAUAAGUGCACCGACACCCAGAUUCGGAUCCAGUACGCUCUUUACUAUAGGAAAGACGGCUUCAAGGAUGCAACUGUGGACUACGGACAUGGGCAUGACUGGGAGUGGGUUAUAGUGGACAUACGGAAGUCAGGCAAUUCGUGGGCCCCACUACGCUUGUGGAUGAGCCAACAUAGCGGCGGUCAAUGGCUGAACUGGGGCGACAUUCAGAAUACAUCAAAUGACCCUGAUGUCGGGCAGGGCCACCAAGGUUACAGAAAUGAAGAUCACCCUAAGGUCUAUGCAGCAUGGGCGAAGCACGGAUUCUUCCACACGCGUAACACGGGCUACAACGACCCGGGGAGCCAGCUUGGUGGUGCCACUGGCAACAACUAUCGUGGCCAUGAUUGGUGGUACUUUCCCCGUAAGGAAUUUCCCCGACUUCGCCAUUGGAUUGACGCUCAUCCGGAUCAAAGCGCCAAAGGCAGGAGAAUGAAGCCGAUGAAUUGGGGCUCGGCCACAAGCAACCCUGGUGCAAACCAUUAUCGCAUGUGCAAUGUAUAG